GAUCGUUCGCUAAUUUCAGACAAAAACACGGGACGCGAGUGCGACACGACGACUGCGAGCAGAUAAAUACGAUGAGAAAAGCCAAUGUGGUCUUUCAGCGCUGUUUUGUCGAUUAAUAUCGAAUUUAUUGUACACGAUUGUGGUUUUAGUUGAUACUGGGAUUGAAAUUUAUAGAUAAAGUUAGGCUCGAUGUACGCCGGGCGCAAUGUGGUUAUGAGUGGUUGAAGGAAGCUUGGCGUGGAAUGUUAUUAUGGUGAAGGAAGGGAUUAUUUACAGCGAAUGUUGUUUUGCUAAAGGAAUGAUAUAUAAUGAUAAAUGCGAGAGGGGCGCGGUUAUUUGACGAUGGCUCGUUGUUAAUGAUACGUUCGGAUUUUUCAUGAGCGCGGCAAUCGAUGAUCGAAGAAAUUUUUGAGAUUACUUUUCGAGACUCUGUGUCGCUUCUUAGAUAAUCAAUUAACUCAACGGUUUGUUAAUGCCAAAAAUGCCAGUCUUUCAAGAAUCCUGUGCCGAACAAAUACAGGCCCAGACAAUAAUUAUUAUCCAUCCAGGAUCGAAGAAUUUGCGUAUAGGUAGAGCUUCGGAUCUAAAUCCGUAUAUGCUAUUAAAUGCCGUGGCAAGAAGACGUCGACCAAAUGGAUUGGUGCAUCAGGAUUCGUAUCUGCCUCCUCUGGUCCCACGUACUAAGGAGCUGACUCAAGCGAUGGAAGAGUCGAGAUUACAAGUAUCGCAUACUCUUCAGUCCUGUCUGCAGUCCGACGGCAGGAGAAGAUACGCCACACCUCCUCAGCAAAUUGCAGCUUUUAAUCGCAGAUCUAAUCCUGAGAUACAGUCACAGACGUCGUUCGAUUGGAUUAAAAAGGAGCAAGACGUUAUCGUUGGAGAUGAGAUUCUAACGUUAAAUCCAGACGAUCAUUAUAAUAUCCAUUUUCCAUAUAAAAGAGGUGAUUUGAAUGUACAUUCCGGCCCUGGAGGUAGUUUGCGCUCUGUUCUUGCCGAUUUGAAAACAAUUUGGGAGUAUGUUUUAACUGAAAAAAUGGAUAUACCUCUGCGCGAUUUGAAGCAUUACCGUGUGGUUUUAAUAAUUCCAGAUAUAUAUCAUAGAUUGUACUUGAAAGAGUUGACGUCGUUAUUAUUAUGCGAAAUGGGAUUUGGAGGAUGCUUCUUGCUACAGGAUCAUGUGGCAGCGACCUUUGGAGCAGGUUUGGGCUAUGCCUGUGUUGUGGAUGUCGGGGAAGAAAAAACUUCGGUAUCAUGCGUCGAAGAUGGUAUAUCCCAUAGAAACACGAGGGUUCGAAUGGACUAUGGUGGCGGCGAUAUCACCCAAACGUUCUUCUGGUUAUUGCAAAAAUGUGCCUUUCCCUACAAGAGCUGCGAUCCGGCAAGUCGCCUCGACGCGAUGCUCCUCGAUCAAUUAAAACGAGACUUUUGCCAUGUGGAUCUGAACAUUUGCGGCUCCCAAGAGAAGACUUUUCCAGUGAAGAAGCCAAAACUUCCCAUUGAAAAUUAUACGAUUCAGGUAGGCGAUGAGUGUCUCAUCGCCCCACUCAGCUUAUUUCAGCCAGAGCUCUUUAGGGUAACGGGAGCUCACUGCGUUCACAUACAAAAACGCUCGAUGGGUGAUUCUGAAGAUCCUCACGAUGAAAACUAUCUGCGAGAAACAAGUCGAAGAGGUAUGAAAGAGAAUUUAGAGCAAAAUUUAGAAUUGCAAGAAGAAACUGCAAUACCAUCGGCCCCCGGUGACGAAGAAGUCGUAGUUGACAAUGUCGAUUCAGCUCCAAUUUCUUUGAAUAACAGAGAAUUGGAAGCUCCGAGAGAUUUUAUUGUUGGUCCGCAGCAGCUUCUUGGUCUGGAUCAUGCUGUGCUUCAAAGUAUCGAUCGGUGUCCUACGGAAGACUUGAAGCGAAAAAUGUAUAGUUGCAUAUUAGUCGUUGGAUCUGGAAUGAAAUUUCAAGGAAUUGGCAUGUGGCUUCACAACCGAAUUUCCCUUCAAAUUCCCUACAUGUAUCGAGCAGAACAAAUGGACGUUAUUACGAUGCCAAAGGAAAUCGAUCCUGGCAUGACAGCAUGGAAGGGCGCAGCAAUUUUAAGUUGUUUAGAGUCGGCACAAGAACUUUGGAUAGGUCGACAGGAAUGGGAGCACAUAGGGGUUAGAGUUUUAAGAGAACGAGCUCCUUUCAUGUGGUAAUCGAUGUAGCUUAUAACUAUAAAUAACUGAAAUUUAUUUAAUUUUUAGUUAAAUCUAUUCACAAA